AUGAGUACAAAAAUUAAAAAGAAUGAAAAGUGUUUGCUUUGUCUAAAAACUGGAACUGCUAUAAUUUAUGAUGAAUCAACUCCCCAAAAUAAGGCUUGUUUUGCUUGUAGCAUAAAAGGAGUAAAAGAGAGCUCUGAGAUUAUAAAAGUAGAGUUAGAAAAACUAAAAAAGGAGAAUAAAGAAGUGUACAAACUUAGAAUUCAAGAAAUUAAAAUUCGUUUUGCCGAGGGAAAAGAUGAGUUAGAAAAAUUAAAGACUGAAUACCCCGAAUUCAAAUCCGAAUUAGAAGAAAUUAGACAAGAAAAUUUAAAAGCGAUUCCGGAAGAAGAACGAGAUGAGGUAGGAGGAGAAAAACCAACCAAUUGA